AUGUAUGCAAAAACUGUACUUAUUAUUAUUAUUAUUAUUAUUAUUAUUAAUCAUCCAACAUCACCAAUCAUCCAUCAUCCAACAUCACCAUCAUCCAUCAUCCAUCAUCCAACAUCAUCCAUCAUCCAACAUCAUCCAUCAUCCAUCAUCCAUCAUCCAUCAUCCAUCAUCCAUCAUCCAUCAUCCAUCAUCCAUCAUCCAUCAUCCAUCAUCCAUCAUCCAUCAUCCAUCAUCCAUCAUCACCAUCAUCCAUCAUCACCAUCAUCCAUCAUCCAACAUCACCAUCAUCCAUCACCCAACAUCACCAUCACCCAACAUCACCAUCACCCAACAUCACCAUCACCCAACAUCACCAUCACCCAACAUCACCAUCACCCAACAUCACCAUCACCCAACAUCACCAUCACCCAACAUCACCAUCACCCAACAUCACCAUCAUCCAACAUCACCAUCAUCCAACAUCACCAUCAUCCAACAUCACCAUCAUCCAACAUCACCAUCAUCCAACAUCACCAUCAUCCAACAUCACCAUCAUCCAACAUCACCAUCAUCCAACAUCACCAUCAUCCAAUAUCACCAAUCAUCCAAUAUCACCAAUCAUCCAAUAUCACCAAUCAUCCAAUAUCACCAAUCAUCCAAUAUCACCAUCACCCAUCAUCAUCAUCCAUCAUUAUUAUAGACCUAGAAAAUUCCCUCCAAAUUCAAACAGGGUAG